AUGCAUCGUUCCAGCAACUCCAAAUCUUCCAAGGCGCCACACAACCGUUCUUCCAGCAACAGUUCUGGAAGCGGAAGCAUUUUCUCAAACUUGAAAAAACUGACAGGCGGCAACAGCAACAACACGAACAAUGCUGAUAAAGACCAAAGUCUUCAGCGAGUCGAUGUGUCCGACAUUUCAUCUCCCACUAAAAUCAAAUUGCCCAACACAGGCGAGUUUUCCCACAAGCCAUUGAGCAAGCAAACCACGCUCAAUUUGGCGAGUUUAUCUGCAUACACCGAUGUGGCCGGUUCUCACAAUCGGUCCUCGUCUAAUGUCUCUACUGGGUCUCCCACCAAAUAUUCUUAUUCUCGCAGGGCAUCUCAGUGGUCGAACAAUCCGACAACCGCUAGCGGGGCGAGGCUUUCGCGGCAACAGACAAACCAGAGCAUGUCAUCCGCCAGUAUCUUCUCUCAAGGAUCGUACUCUAACUUAUCUAAAUUUGUGGGGUCUGACGGAUCGAUACGAUUGGAAAGACCUCGAGAUUCGCGCGAAAUUGAGGAACUGUUCGAAGAGGUUUUGUAUAAGCGGAAUGUUUACCAAAGCUUGCCAGCGGCUGCUCAAAAAGAGCUUAACAGUUACGACUUGGACAAAAAGUGGCUCAUGGUGAAACAGGAUCUCCAAUCAGAAAUGAAGAAGCUUAUGAACAAAAAGGGUUCUAGCAGGUCGCCCGGAUCAACAAUGGGCGCCACCUCAGUAAGCUCAGACUCCUCGACACCAACCAAUUUGACAAACACAAUGUCCAUAGACGAAAGUUUAACGGGAUCCAAUCGUUCCAGAGCUACUAACGCCAACGGAACCGACCAAAUAUAUGGUGCUAAAAAUGGAAAUUCAAGCACCACUACUUUGUCUCAAGACCCAUCGCACCUAUCACCAGACUACUAUGUGAGGAAGAUUAUAUGCAACGAAAUAUCGGCGAAAAGAUUAAAUGACUUGUGGGUCUCUCUCAGGACUGAACAACUCGAUUGGGUGCUUGGCUUUUUAGAAGCCCAAGGUCAAGUUGCGAUCGCCAAUGUGAUCACCAAGACUUGUUAUAGAGAGACACCCGAAAACCUUUUAAAUGACGAAGUGCUCGAUAAAGAGUUCGCUUAUUUCAAAUGUUUGAAAACAAGUUUGAACCUAAAAGAGGGCGCCGACGAAGCAGUGAUGUCGAGUAGCUCGCGUAUCAUAAUGUCUGCCAUAGUAGAAGGAUUGUUAUCUCUAAGGGUAGCUACAAGGCGAAUAGCCUCUGAACUGCUAGUAUCUUUAAGUCAGUGGUCCGUACCCAAUGGCUUCACACACAUCGUGAACUCUCUUGAUCGAGAAUCUCGAUUUUGCGACAAUGUACAUUUACAAGCUCGCUUACUGUCAAAGGCUUCCGAAAAGGAGGAUUUAUCGCUUACGCUUUCGAGUGGCCAAAGCAAUCAAUUAAUGAGAAAGUUCGAACAGUGGAUGCUUGUGGUGGAGUUCACACUCGACGGGCGCGGCAAAAUGGGAUCUUUAGUUGGGGCCUCCGAAGAUUUUAAAACCUCUGGUGGUGAAAAUGCAAUUAUGGAAUAUGCAUACCUCACACUUUUACUUGUGAACCACCUUUGUAAAACGCCAGUUGAUGUCAAACAAAGGACUGUUCUCCGUGCUCGUCUCAAAAACGCAGGAUUGCCCCGGAUUUUGAACAAAAUGAAGCUAUUAAAUUAUGAAAAAGUCGAUGAACAGUUAACUAUUUUUGAUGAUUCGACCGCUGACGAUUUUGAUGCGCUGUACUCUCAAGAGUACAAUCCUGAGGGUAUUGAUAUGAAGGACCCAGUUUCCAUGAUUCAAAAUUUAUGGAAUCUUUGUAAGGGAACGGAAGCGGAGCAGCACUUGACAUCUUUGCUACAAAAUUUGUUGAUCAGUUCUGGCGAGCUGGGUGCUCAGAACAAGGAUGAUACAACUCAAAGAACGAAACAACUUAAGCUUAUCGAUUCCCUUGUCUCAAAUGUAUCUCUGGCUUCUGUGGAUGUCCAGUCAUCAUUUAAUAGUGCUUUGCAAAGACUUUACGAUGCAAUGCAAACAGACGAAAUUGCUCGCCGGGCUAUUAUGGAAAACAGGGACUGGGUGAAGCGUUAUGAAGAAAUAAAGGCUGAGCGCAAUAGCUUGCAAACCAAACUAUCAAAUGCGGAGGGCGGUCUUGUGGGACAAUUACAGGAAGAGUUAAAGCAGCGUGAUCAUAUUUUAGAAAAAAGCCAGCGAGUGACUACUCAGCUACAACAGGAGCUAGACGAUAUGAAAAAGAAGUUGAUACUCGCAAAACAUCAGCAUGAAGUGGAAUUGAGAAAGACACUGACAGCUCUUAACUCCAAGUUGCAAGGCACUUCGCAAGAUCAAGCCUUGAAUAAAAAUGAAUUACCAAAGCCCUUGAGGUCAGAGAGAAAGAUUGCAAUACAGAAAGCGCUUCAAGCGAAACUCGAAAAGACAUCACAAGAAAUCAGCGUUGAGUCAGAGCGACUAGGAGUUUCUGUCAAGCCUAAUAAACGCUUGAGACUUUUGAGGUCCCGCAUGGAAGACAUAGAAAACCAGGCGAGGGAGCUGGAAAUGACAAAUUUCUCUGAAUACCAGAGAGAAAGGGAAAAGGACGAAGAAAAAGAAGUCAAUGAUGUAAAAGAAGUGAUACUACCUAACAUUGCGGACGCUGGGUCUCGAAAUGCAAAUGAACCCGUAUUAAAGCUCGAAGAGUUACGAAGAAAGCUGGCAUCUCUUCAACAAGAAAGUAACGAUGUUUCCAAGUUUAAUGUUGAGGGUAGAAUGCAUGAGAUUUUUGGUGAUCAAAGAUCUGCAGCGCUUGAAAGACUGAAGAAACUUGAAACAGAAUACAAAAGUUUUGGUAUUGACUUUGACUCAAACCUCUAUAUGAAUCAAUCUAAAGCAGAGCCUUUUGAUGGUCAUGAGAGAGAAAUUAGGACUUUAGACCCUAAAGAACUUCAAAAUAUGGCCGAAAAAGCGUCAAGAAUCCUCACGGAUCUUGACGCUUUGAAAGCCAAGGAACCCCCAACGGACAAUAUUCAAUCGGAUACAACCUCUACAUCAGAAUCUUCGGAAGAUGAGAAGGAUAUUUCUACUGCUGAUAGUGUUGAUGGCCCAAAUGUCUCCUUUUUAGAGAGCUUAUCUCAAAAAUAUGGCACUGGUCAAAACGUCAAUCCCAACAACCGCUUCUCUCAGAGCGGUAGAGAGACGACUUAUCCUGGGAGCGGGUAUCACAGAAAGUCGUUUAUUAAUCGCGUCAAAAAGUCGGACGCAGUUCCUUAUUUGGAUGAGCUGUCGGGAAAGUUUUGUGCCGAGCCCGUUGUCAAUAUAAAGACCAACAAGCACAGCGAUCCAAUUGAUCAAAAACUUGGUAUCGGAAUUCUGGUAGAUCAAAAAUUGCUAGCGGAUUCGCUGAGCGAAGCCAAAUUCAACACCACUACUUCGAGAAAAACGGAGCCGAGGAGUGCGAGUAAACAUCUCGAGUCUAAGGAAGAAGUUGAUCUAGAAAGCUUGAGUAGUGCUGGUUCGAAUGUUGAACUCCAGAAGGGCAAGCUCUCAAGUUCCCACGGUAAGAAGCCUGCUUCAGGGAAAGAGGUUACAUUAAAUGGCCCUCCUCCUCCACCUCCCCCACCUCCCCCACCUCCAAUUGAUCUAUUUGAAAGGAAUACUAACAAAACCCCUGAUUCUUCUGGGGAAACCGGUGCAGCAAACGGCGAAGUCACAAAGACAGAGCUUAAAACUGUCGCACCACCCCCGCCUCCCCCUCCGCCUAUUCUACCACAAUCGAUAUUCGAAUCUGCCUCUGCACCCGGGGGACCAGCUCCUCCUCCCCCUCCUCCUCCUCCUCCUCCUCCACCACCUCUACCUCUUCUGCCUUCGAGCACAGGCAAUUCAUCUGGAGGUCCUCCACCGCCUCCGCCGCCCCCACCUCCCUUUGGAAGUUCUGUAUCAAACCUAAGGAGUGCAACUCCCUCUCCAAUGCUUCCACAGUCUCCAUCGUUGUUCGAAAACUAUCCACGUCCUACCAAAAAGUUGAAACAAUUGCAUUGGGAGAAAAUCGACGAUGCUGAGGAUUCCAUAUGGAAGGACGCUAAGGCUGAAAAGUUCGCGGAUGAUUUGUACGAAAAGGGUGUAUUGUCAAAGUUGGAGAAGGCAUUUGCUGCUAGAGAAAUCAAGUCACUGACUAGCAGGAAGAAGAAAGACUCGGAUAAAAUCUCUUUUCUGUCAAGAGAUGUAUCCCAGCAAUUUGGUAUCAAUCUGCAUAUGUACUCGUCACUUUCUGUUGAAGAAGUUGUGACAAAGAUUCUCAAAUGUGACAGAGAUUUCAUGUCAACGCCAAGUGUGAUCGAGUUUCUAUCAAAACAAGAAAUUAUUGAGGUCUCUAACAAUUUAGCGAGAAGCUUCGCCCCUUACGGUGUCGAUUGGGAGAGUGUACACUCUGUUGAAGACGCAAAAGUGCCCGAGAAAGAUGCGUCAGAACUACAAAGAGCAGAUCAGAUUUAUCUCGAGCUAUUCGUCAAUUUACAAAGCUAUUGGGCCUCGCGCAUGCGGGCAGUCAAAGUCAUAACAACGUACGAGAAGGACUACAGUGAUCUCGUCAAUAAGUUGAGGAUGGUUGAUAAAGCCACUUGUGCUAUCCAGCAGUCAAGUAGCCUACGAAAUGUUUUUGACAUCAUUUUGGCUGUAGGAAACUUUAUGAAUGACUCUUCAAAACAAGCUCAAGGAUUUCGUCUGGCUACAUUGCAAAGACUGACGUUUAUUAAGGAUGACAAGAACAGUAUGACUUUCUUGAACUACGUGGAAAAAAUUGUUCGGGAGACGUACCCUGAGUUUAACGUUUUCAUCAAGGAUUUGGAACCAGUUUUAGCAGCAGUUAAAAUUUCAAUUGAACAAGUCGCACAAGACUGUAAAGAAUAUUCCCAGGCCAUCAUGAAUGUGGAAAGAUCUAUUGAUAUUGGGAAUUUGAGCGAUUCUGUCAAGUUUCAUCCUAACGAUAGAAUCUUGGUGAAAGUUUUGCCAGUUUUGCCAGAAGCGCGGAAAAAGGGUGAUUUACUUGUUGACGAAAUGAAGUUAACCCUAUUGGAAUUCGACAAUUUGAUGAAACUUUUCGGUGAAGAUGCCGUAGACAAGUUUUCGAGGAAUUCGUUUUUCAAGAAGUUCGCAGAUUUUCUGCAAGAAUACAAGAAAGCCCAGGCGUUUAAUCUCAAGAUAGAAGAAGAAGAGAAAGCUUAUGAGCGAAGAAAGAAAAUGGUCGAAGAGCAGCAAAGAAGAACGCAGGAGAAUCAUCGCGAAAGUGGCGAUCUAACGGGCGAGACCGAUGAAAAAGCGGUUGCAGAGGGAGACAGAGAUGUUAUGGACAAACUCUUGGAGAAGCUUAAGAAUGCUGGACCAGGAAAGACUGAUUCUUCUUCCGCUCGUAAACGAGCCGUAGCGCGCAGAAAGCUUCUGCAAGGCAGUUCUUCGAAUCCUACAAUUUUAGACAAUUUUGAGGUAAAUGAAUCAGGUGGUAAGUCUCUGAUUUAUUCCCCUGAACACAAGACAUUAGAUAGAGACGAUGAUGCACUUGACGCUUCGCCUACUCCAGAGUCCAGAAAUAGAGACAGUGAAAGGAGCAGCAAAACCGCUAAUAUGGACGAGAAACCAACUGAUCAAUUUCAAGAUCGGGCAAAAACAUUGUUAUUUGAGCUGAGGGGUCCCGAGUCCCCUAAUGCCAAAAAACCUCCCAGCGAUGAGAGGUUGUCGCGACUGCGAGCACGUCGCACAAAUAAUGGGUCAGACACCAAGCUGGGUUCCGAAAAUCGAUUGAAUUUUGUUGGUCAAAUCGAAAAACCGGCUUCAGAAUCAUCGCCCGAAUCAAACAUCGACGUCAAUACUUCCAGAGCGUCACAAGAUGGUGAAAACGGAUCAAAUUUUGUAAAUCAUGAGAAUAGUCACCCCCCGUCUAAUACUGACUUCAAGGCAGAUAUCGAUGAGGAUCUUUCAGAAAGUGAUGAUGCCGAAUACCAAGAUGCAUAG